UGUUUUUGCUACCAAACCAACAAGAACAUUUAAAUGUUUUUCAUUACGCUUAGUACUUAUUAUUAACAAACAGCCCUAUCGUAUCAAUUUAGUUAGCUAUUUAGGAAGGAAUUUAAAUUGUUUAUUUUAGUGAGUUAAUAAAUUGCACACGUUUAAGUAGACAAUAAUUGUUGUGUGGAACUUGUUAGUUCUUUAAUUAUUUAUCUCUAAAGUAUCUAUACUAAUUUAUAUGUAUGCAUUCUUGAAAACUUUAUUAAAUUACAAAGUGAACAUAGACAAGUAAUUACUCAAGUAUUUAAUCAGAUCUUAACAUCAACUUGGCAACACAACUGAUAAAGAAUUGGCCUUGUGCUUUCUUUCGGUUCAGUGAGUACUUACCUACCAACGAGUUUAGUAUUCCUGAGUCUUAGCUAGUAAAUUUAUGUGUAAACAUAUACCAUUAUAUCCUUUAAUUAACAAAUUGCAUUUAAGAAAAAUGAGCAUUGAUAUUGGAGGAAUGAGAAUCAAAUACAAAGAUAAAAAUGAUACAUUUUUGGAGAAACAUUUAGUUUCCAAGGAGCCUUUUGGACAAUUUAAAGCAUGGUUCGAGGAAGCUUGUUCAAGGAAAGAAAUUUUAGAGCCAAAUGCUAUGUGCUUGGCUACUGUAUCAAAGCUGGGUUUUCCUUCAGCAAGAUUUGUUUUAUUAAAAGGGUAUGGCAAAGAUGGCUAUAAGUUUUAUACUAACCAUGGAAGUAGGAAGGCUAAGGAAAUGAAGGAAAACCCCAAUGUAGCUGCAACAUUUUACUGGGAAGUUCUUAAUAGAUCAGUAAGAAUUGAGGGUUAUGUGGAAAGGCUGUCUGAAGAGGAUUCAACAACAUAUUUUCAUUCACGUCCAGUCCCUAGCCAGAUAGCUGCUUGUGCUAGCUAUCAGAGUACUCCAAUUGAAUCCAGGGAUGUACUUUGUGAACGGGAGAAAAAGCUAGAAGCUGAAUACAUGAUCCCUGAAAAGGAAAUCCCUAAACCAGACUUUUGGGGUGGAUACAUAAUUCGACCUGUGUCUGUAGAAUUUUGGCAGGGUCAACGUGAUCGACUCCAUGAUAGGAUUAAAUUCAGAAAAUUAAAAGAAGGAGAAGUGCCAGAUGAGAAACUCUUACAUAAAGGGGAAGAUGGCUGGGUUUAUGAGAGAUUGUCUCCAUAAUGAGGUGACUUGUGUUAUAUUUUAUCUAACUAUAGAAAACAGGUCUUCCAAGUAACAGUUGUUUGUAGUAAUAAAGUUUUAUUGUUGUGAUGUA